AUGCUGGCGGGGACGGGGGGGCCCGUUGCGGGCUCCUCGGAGCAGGACGGAGGCCGGUUCAGCGUCCUGAGCUGGGAGCAGGUGCAGCGGCUGGACCAGAUCCUGGGCGAGGCCGUGCCCAUCCACGGCCGCGGGAACUUCCCCACGCUCUCCGUCAGGCCCCGCACCAUCGUCCAGGUUGUCCGUAGUCGCCUGGAGAAGAAAGGAAUCCAGGUCCACAAUGUCAGGUUGAAUGGCUCAGCAGCCAGUCACGUUCUGCACCAAGACAGUGGCUUGGGUUACAAAGACCUGGACCUCAUCUUUGGGGUUGAUCUGAAGACUGAAGAUGUUUUCCAGCUGGUGAAAGACGUGGUGAUGGAUUGUCUGCUGGAUUUCCUCCCAGAAGGGGUCAACAAAGACAAGAUCACCCCCAUGACUCUGAAGGAGGCCUACGUGCAGAAGCUGGUGAAGGUUUGCAACGAGACCGACCGCUGGAGCCUCAUCUCCCUCUCCAACAACAGUGGGAAGAACGUGGAGCUCAAAUUCGUGGACUCCCUCCGGAGGCAGUUUGAGUUCAGCGUGGACUCCUUCCAGAUCAUCCUGGAUUCCCUUCUGCUCUUUGGGGAGUGUUCAGAGAACCCUAUGGCUGAGAACUUCCACCCCAGUGUCACCGGGGAGAGCAUGUACGGGGACUUUGAGGAGGCCAUGGAGCACCUGAGGAACAGGGUGAUCGCCACCAGGAACCCCGAGGAGAUCCGUGGGGGGGGGCUCCUGAAGUACUGCAACCUCUUGGUGAGGGGCUUUAAGCCCAAGUCAGAAGUGGAUAUGAAGGCACUCCAGAGGUACAUGUGCUCCAGGUUCUUCAUAGACUUCUCGGACAUCGGGGAGCAGCAGAGGAAGCUGGAGUGUUACCUCCAGAGCCACUUUGUCGGGAUGGAGAGCAAAAGAUAUGACUAUUUGAUGACCCUCCACAGGGUGGUCAAUGAGAGCACGGUCUGCCUGAUGGGACACGAGAGGAGGCAGACCCUGAACCUCAUUGCCAUGCUGGCUGUGAGGGUCCUGGCUGAGCAGAACAUCAUCCCCACCAUCACAAACGUGACCUGUUACUACCAGCCAGCUCCUUACGUCAGCGAGAUCAACUUCAACUACUACAUCACCCACGUGCAGCCCUUCCUGCCUUGCAAUCAGUCCUACCCAACGUGGCUUCCCUGUAACUGAGCCAGGACAAACUUCAGGGUCUGUCCCCCAAGGUAUUUGUUGCCUUGGGGAGGGUGGUUGGAAGGGGAGGGGGAACCACAGACAAACCCCCCUCCCCCCCAAAAAGAAAAAACCCACAAAAAAAAACCAACCCAAAUGAAAAGAACAACCAGCCUCCCUAGAAAUGGCAACAAGAGGAAAUGUCCUGGACUCUUGUCUUGUCCCCCAAGGUUGGUGGGACAAGGCCCUGGCUGCUGUACACUGUGAUGGGACACGUGGCGAGGAGAUGACCCAGAUG